AUGGGGAUCAUCGCACUUUUGAUCAUCAUUUUCGUUCACCUUCCUCCCAUUGUUUUAACUGCACCAUCUUUUCAGCACAGGAAUUCAGUGAGACAUCCCAUCUCUCGACCGCUCCCUCUCCCUCGAGGACCAGACGCUGAUCAAAACCCACUGCCCCGGAAACCAAAUAAACCACCUCGCCAUCAGCCAAAGUACCACCUUCCUCGGUCGGAGAUAAAACAAAUCCUCAAGGCGCAUAACGAAGCUCGAGCACACGAGUCCGAACCACUCUACAAAUGGGAUGAAAGCCUGGCCAUGUACGCUCGCAAAUGGGCGGAUAAGCGCAUCAAUGAUUGCCGUAUUGUCCACUCCAACGGACCCUAUGGAGAGAACAUCUUCUUGGCGGCCAAAGACCACUGGAGCAUUCCUAAAGCCGUGAAAUCAUGGGUGAACGAGGAGAAGUAUUACGACAAGGAGAGCAAUGUUUGCCAGCCAGGGAAAAUGUGCGGCCAUUAUACACAGAUUGUGUGGAGGGAUACGGUGAAAGUAGGAUGUGCACGAGUGAAUUGUGAAGUGGGUGGCGUCUUCAUUAUGUGCUCCUACGAUCCCCCUGGGAAUUACCAAGAUGAAAACCCUUUUGCCUCGCAUGAACAGUGA